CUUUCUUUCUUUCUUUCUUUCUUUUUCUUUAUCAUGCAACGUCGCAAUACAAUUGAUUCCGUACAAAGUACUUGGCCUAUGUGCCAUUAUUACUAUACACAUAACAAUGGAAGUUCAGACGAUAUUUUGAUUCACCAACGUCCUAGAUCAGACUUUAUGACUCGGAAGAAACAGCCUUUGUCUUCUUCCUAUAAAGGCGUCAAACGAUUUUAUACUUAUCCGCCAUUUUCACGAAGCGCCUUCCUUUCUCCAAAAAGAUCACUGCCUAAUAAAAAAUAUCACAACGAUCUUCGGGCUGCUUUCUAUGCUAACACAUCACUCAGGAAAUACAAAAGCCGACAACAAAACCAAAAAAAACGUCAGACAUUAUCAAAUAUUUUGACAGCAUUGACUCAAGGUAGCUCUUGUCCAACCAUAGGGCUUGGCAACAUUUCAAAAAACAAUCGACACGACCUUAUUGAUACAGUUCAUAUGCAAACCAAAUGGGAUAGUAUUCGCCUUUAUCAUCCUCAACUAGAUAAUGAAAAAAUUCAACAAGACAUGGAGCAAGAAGAUAUCAUCUUGGACUUGCAACGAACCAGAAGAAAUCAGCAUGAUAUGAUAGCUGUCAAUCAAGCACUUCAUGAACCUCCUCAUACACCUGCUGGUCAGGAAGAAGAAGAGCAGCAAAGUAUAAUAAUACAGAUUCCAACGCCGUCGGAUAUGGUGCCUGUGAGUAAAACAGUGUAUUUCUCAUCCAAAGACAUGUAUCUAUUUCUAUUUGGAUUUUUGUUUUUCCCACUUUGGUGGUAUGGUGCCUGGCGUUAUUUUGCUUGUGAUCCUACAAUGCGUAUGUUUAUGUCGAAAAGACAACAGGCAUUUCAAAUGCUAAAUAUUUUUACAAGCCUUGCCAGUUUACUUUUAACGGGCCUUAUUGUUGGCCUAGUCACUGUAUGGACACAGUGAAUGAGGCAACAGGACCGUCUAGAGGGCAUCCAUGAUUACUUGAUCGUGAAUCAUUUCAGUCAAAUAAAGAAAAUUCAACCAGCCAAUCAAAAAAGACGAUCAUGUCAUUUUCUUAUUUGUUCCCUUGUUAUCAAGAGAGCUUUUAUCUCAUGAGAAGCCACUUCGUGAACAAGUGUGAUA